GGGUUCAGUGUGUGGGACAGUCUUGUGGCUUGGGGGUAGAGUCUGGCUUUGAGACAGGUGGUCCGAGACUUGAUGUUGACCUGGGCGUUAGGAAGGCGGCAAAUAGCAAGCAGGAGGACAUUUUUUAUUAUCUGGGAAGCUGUUUACUAAUCUGCCUCCACCUACCUAGUAAAGUAGCCUAGCAUGUUAGACUCUGAAAAACAUAUAUACAUCUUACAUAGCACUGAGCCUGGGAACAUUUGAAACGCAGUUUCCCAUUGUUUAGCUAGCUAAAUAACUGAUGGUGAAAUGAACAGCUGAGAUAAGAUUCGUUGCAUUUAGUGGAAGCAUGGAAAUGAAAGAGUGGGGCCUCCAGCCCGUACCAUGAAGCAGUCAGUGAUAACCUAGGUCCUAGGGAACACUGAUCCAUUCCUAUUAAUUAGAUCACCCCAUUUGAGAGGUGCGCACAUGGGAUUACCAUCAAUAGCAUGAAAUAUAAGCCUUCUGGAAAGGUUAAGUGGUGAAGCUGCUGCUGAGGGGGAAGCCAUGUCACGGGUCCCUUCCCCUCCUCCACCAGGGGACAUGUCUACAGGGCCUGUGGCGGAGAGCUGGUGUUACACACAGGUAAAAGUAGUGAAGUUCUCCUACAUGUGGACCAUCAACAACUUCAGUUUCUGUAGAGAGGAGAUGGGGGAGGUUUUAAAGAGUUCCACCUUCUCCUCUGGACCCAAUGACAAGAUGAAAUGGUGUCUGAGAGUCAACCCAAAAGGACUGGAUGAUGAAAGCAAAGAUUAUCUGUCGUUGUAUUUACUUCUUGUUAGUUGUCCAAAAAGUGAAGUCAGAGCGAAGUUCAAGUUUUCCUUAUUGAACACUAAAAGAGAAGAGACUAAAGCUAUGGAAAGCCAAAGAGCCUAUCGGUUUGUCCAGGGGAAGGACUGGGGCUUCAAAAAGUUUAUUAGAAGAGAUUUCCUGCUUGAUGAAGCCAACGGGCUGUUACCUGACGACAAGCUAACCCUGUUCUGUGAGGUGAGUGUGGUGCAGGACUCUGUGAACAUCUCUGGCCAGUCCAACAUGAACAUGCUGAAGGUCCCAGAGUGCCAGCUGGCAGACGACCUGGGGAGCCUGUGGGAGUGUUCUCGCUUCACUGACUGUUCCCUCUAUGUGGGGGGGCAGGAGUUCAAGGCACACAAAUCCAUCCUGGCAGCGAGAUCUCCCGUCUUUAGCGCCAUGUUUGAACAUGAGAUGGAGGAGAGUAAAAAGAACCGUGUGGACAUCAGUGAUGUGGACCCAGACGUAUUUAAGGAGAUGAUGGGAUUCAUCUACACAGGUAAAGCCCCCAACCUGGAGAAGAUGGCCGACAACCUGCUGGCAGCUGCUGACAAAUAUGCAUUGGAGCGUUUAAAGGUGAUGUGUGAAGAGGCUCUGUGCAACAGCCUCUCUGUGGAGAACGUGGCUGAUACCCUCAUCCUGGCAGACUUACACAGUGCCGAGCAGCUCAAAGCACAAGCCAUAGAUUUUAUCAACAGGUGCAGCGUCCUCCGACAGCUGGGCUGUAAAGAUGGGAAAAACUGGAAUAGCAAUUAUGCCACGGACAUAAUGGAGACGGCAGGCUGGAAGUCAAUGAUCCAGUCCCACCCUCACUUAGUGGCUGAGGCCUUCAGAGCCCUGGCAUCGGCACAGUGCCCACCCUUCGGCCUGCCGAGGAAACGCCUAAAACAUACCUGACUGCUACAGCCCACUGAUACAGACACUAGGAGCUGAGGCAGCCCUCUGAUCCAGACACUAGGAGCUGAGGCAGCCCUCUGAUCCAGACACUAGGAGCUGAGGCAGCCCUCUGAUCCAGACACUAGGAGCUGAGGCAGCCCUCUGAUCCAGACACUAGGAGCUGAGGCAGCCCUCUGAUCCAGACACUAGGAGCUGAGGCAGCCCUCUGAUCCAGACACUAGGAGCUGAGGCAGCCCUCUGAUCCAGACACUAGGAGCUGAGGCAGCCCUCUGAUCCAGACACUAGGAGCUGAGGCAGCCCUCUGAUCCAGACACUAGGAGCUGAGGCAGCCCUCUGAUCCAGACACUAGGAGCUGAGGCACCAUGGAGACACACAGGACUAUGAAGAAG